AUGACGGACGUCGAAAAGGCCGAGAGCCGGUCGUCGAACCCCGACUAUGACGACGCCACCAUCGCCGAAGACUCGGGCUUCGAGCCCAUCCGCACGGGCGCCUCCGGCACGCGCUCGCUCCGCCAGUCGCGGUCCCUGAGCCGGACGAGGUCGCAGAACGGGUACGGCGUCGACGAGUACGAGGCCAGCGACGACAGCCCGCAGCGGCAACCCGAGAAGGACCCCUUCGAAGUCGGUUUCGACGGCGGCGACAGCGACCCCAUGUGCCCCCGUAGCAUGAGCAAGUUCAGGAAGUGGCUCAUCGUCUGCAUCGUGUCCUGUGCCAGUUUUUGCGUCACCGCGGCUAGUUCCAUCUACACAUCGACGUAUGCGCAGAUGGAGGCAGAAUUCGGCAAUUCCAGAAUCGUAUCGACCGUCGGCCUGUCAGUGUUCGUCCUGGGAAUCAGUCUGGGCCCGAUGUUCCUCAGCCCUCUUAGCGAAUUCUACGGCAGGCGGUUGAUUUACUUGGUUUCCUGGUCCUCCUAUGUAAUCUGGAUCAUCCCGUCAGCCGUGGCCAACGGGAUCGCAGUGAUGAUCGUCGCCCGCUUCCUGGACGGCCUCUCAGGAUCGGCCUUCUUGGCCGUCAGUGGUGGUACCGUGAGCGAUCUGUUUGCUCGCCACGAGCUUCAGGCGCCCAUGCUCAUGUACUCGAUGGCGCCCUUCAUCGGACCGUGCAUCGGCCCUCUGAUCGGCGGUUUCAUCAACUUCAACGCCAACUGGCGCUGGACGUACUAUGUCAUGCUGAUGUGGUCCUUUGUGCUGCUGGUGGCCAUCGUCGUAUUGGUGCCCGAGACUUAUCAUCCGAUCGUCUUGCGGACCAAGGCACGCAAGAUCCGAAAAGAGACAGGUGACGAGCGGUGGAAGGCCCCCGUCGAGAAGAUGACCAAGUCCGUCGCCAAGACCAUCGGCCUGUCGCUGCUGCGGCCCUUCCAGCUGCUCAUCUUCGAGCCCAUGGCCCUGAACCUGUGCAUCUUCUCCGCCAUCCUCCUGGGCAUCCUGUACCUCUUCUUCGGCGCCUUCCCGCUCGUCUUCACGAACAACCACGGGUUCAACCUCUGGCAGGUCGGCCUCACCUUCCUGGGCAUCCUCGUUGGCAUGUUCUUUGCCGCCGCGACCGACCCCUUGUGGCACCGCAUCCGCAGCAAGCUCAUGGCCGACCUGGAGAAGGAGACGGGCGUCGAGGGGGCCAGCGAGCCAGAGUUCCGCCUUCCGCCAGUCAUCUGCGGCGCGUUCCUCGUCACCAUUGGCAUGUUCUGGUUCGCGUGGACGACCUUCUCAUCGGUCCACUGGAUCCUACCGAUUUGCGGUUCCGCCAUGUUUGGAGCUGGGAUCGUCCUCGUCUUUACUGGCAUUUUUACGUUUCUUGUCGACGCCUACCCUCUAUAUGCAGCGUCAGCCCUUGCUGCGAAUGCCUUUGUGCGAUGCUCGUUUGCUGCCGCGUUCCCGUUGUUUGGGACCCAGAUGUACACGAAGCUCGGAUACCAGUGGGCGACGUCACUGCUCGGCUUCCUGACGGUCAUCAUGCUGCCGUUCCCGUACAUCUUUUUCAAGUAUGGCAAGAGGAUGAGAAGCCGCAGCCGCUUCGCCAGGACCGACUAG